CUCUCUCUCUCUCUCUCUCUCUCUCUCCGGCUUCUUCAAGACAGUGCCGCUCUGCUGCUCUACAUCACAGCUACUGUUUCUCACUCUCCUCUCUUCCACUCAGCUUUGCUCCUCUUCUCUCUGUUUCUCUCCACUCAUUCAGACCGCAUGCUCGAAGUUAUCUCUGGCACUGUUGGGUCUUUGUGGCCAGUGGAAGUGGACCCGGACACCCUAUAUGGUCUGAAGGUGUUUUCCCGAUCCAGUGGAUCUGUGGGGAGGGGAGGGAGGAUAGGGAGGGGGUGCAGGUGAAGAACGGCUUGUUCGGAAGGAAACAGGUUGCGUGUUUUUGCGACAGGGACUGAGGAGGGUCAUGCUUCAUGAGUUAAGUGGAUUUCGGACUGAGACCCCUCGUGCAUCGCCGCCCCAAUGUGGGGCCCUUUUCCGGAUGGCGGGAACGUCCGGCCAGGAGGGACGAACCAGCUGGAUGCUCCUCGGCCGCUCAACUGGACCAUACGGAAACUGUGCCAUGCAGCCUUCCUUCCGUCUGUGCGCCUGCUGAAGGCACAGAAAUCAUGGAUAGAAAGAGCUUUCAGCAAGAGAGAAUGUGUGCACAUUAUUGUAAGCACCAAAGACCCCCAUAGGUGCUGUUGUGGCCGUCUAAUUGGUCAACAUAUUGGCCUGCCCCCCAGCAUCUCCUCCAAUCAGAAUGAGAAGUCAGAGCGUGUGCCAAAGAAUGACAGCUUGUCAGAGAAGUGGUCCAUCAGCAAGCACACCCAGCUCAGUCCCACUGACGCCUUUGGAACCAUUGAGUUCCAGGGAGGUGGACACUCCAACAAAGCAAUGUAUGUACGAGUUUCUUACGACACUAAGCCAGACUUACUGCUGCAUCUGAUGACAAAGGAGUGGCAGCUGGAGCUUCCCAAACUGCUCAUCUCUGUUCAUGGAGGACUUCAGAACUUCGAGCUGCAGCCCAAACUCAAGCAAGUCUUCGGCAAGGGUCUCAUCAAGGCGGCCAUGACCACUGGAGCCUGGAUCUUCACUGGAGGAGUCAAUACUGGAGUCAUAAGACAUGUUGGUGAUGCUCUAAAAGACCAUGCUUCCAAAUCGAGAGGGAAGAUCUGUACUAUCGGUAUUGCACCCUGGGGGAUUGUGGAGAACCAGGAAGACCUAGUGGGGAAAGAUGUGGUCCGGCCGUACCAGACGAUGUCUAACCCUCUUAGUAAGCUAACGGUUCUCAACAGCCUACACUCCCACUUCAUUUUGGCUGAUAAUGGCACCACCGGAAAGUAUGGAGCAGAAGUCAAACUGCGCAGACAGCUUGAGAAGCACAUCUCUCUGCAAAAGAUCAACACGCGGAUUGGACAGGGUGUUCCAGUGGUGGCUCUAAUAUUGGAGGGGGGUCCUAAUGUGAUCUCUAUCGUGCUUGAGUACCUGAGAGACACUCCUCCUGUGCCUGUGGUGGUGUGUGAUGGCAGCGGCCGUGCCUCUGACAUCCUGGCCUUUGGGCAUAAGUACUCAGAGGAGGGCGGAAUCAUAAAUGAAUCUUUGAGAGACCAGUUAUUAGUCACCAUUCAGAAGACGUUUACGUACAGCCGGACGCAGGCCCAGCAUCUCUUCAUCAUUCUGAUGGAGUGCAUGAAGAAGAAAGAACUGAUAACAGUAUUUCGGAUGGGAUCAGAGGGACACCAGGACAUUGAUCUGGCCAUUCUAACAGCUCUUCUGAAAGGGGCCAAUGCAUCAGCUCCAGAUCAGCUGAGCCUUGCUUUGGCCUGGAACAGAGUUGACAUCGCUCGAAGCCAGAUCUUCAUUUAUGGACAGCAGUGGCCUGUGGGCUCUCUAGAGCAGUCUAUGCUGGACGCACUGGUGUUUGACAGAGUGGACUUUGUGAAGCUGUUGAUUGAGAAUGGAGUGAGCAUGCACCGCUUCCUGACACUGUCCAGACUUGAAGAGCUCUAUAAUACGAGGCAUGGUCCAUCCAACACCUUGUACCACCUUGUCAGAGAUGUGAAAAAGGGUAACCUGCCCCCUGACUACCGCAUCAGCCUGAUUGACAUCGGAUUGGUAAUUGAAUACCUCAUGGGUGGAGCCUAUCGCUGCAAUUACACCAGGAAGAGAUUUCGGACCCUAUAUCACAACCUUUUUGGACCCAAAAGACCAAAAGCCCUGAAGCUGCUUGGAAUGGAGGAUGACAUGCCCAUUAGGCGCGGACGUCAGAAGACCACAAAGAAGCGAGAGGAGGAAGUAGACAUUGACCUGGAUGACCCGGAAAUCAAUCACUUCCCUUUCCCGUUCCAUGAGCUGAUGGUUUGGGCAGUGCUGAUGAAACGGCAGAAGAUGGCCCUGUUCUUCUGGCAGCAUGGCGAGGAGGCCAUGGCUAAAGCGCUGGUGGCCUGUAAGCUCUGUAAGGCAAUGGCCCACGAAGCAUCCGAGAACGACAUGGUAGAUGACAUUUCACAAGAGCUCAAUCAAAACUCAAGGGAGUUUGGUCAGCUGGCUGUUGAGCUGCUCGAUCAGUCGUAUAAGCAGGAUGAACAGAUGGCCAUGAAGCUGUUAACCUACGAGCUGAAGAACUGGAGUAAUGCCACCUGUCUGCAGCUGGCCGUGGCUGCCAAGCACAGGGACUUCAUCGCCCACACGUGUAGCCAGAUGCUUCUCACUGACAUGUGGAUGGGACGUCUGCGUAUGCGCAAGAACUCUGGCCUAAAGGUUAUCUUAGGCCUGCUUCUGCCCCCCUCCAUAUUGAGUCUUGAGUUAAAAAAUAAGGACGAGAUGUCGUACAUGCCACAGGAUCAGGACACCUACCUGCAGGAGAAGGAUGUGGAUGAACCUGAGAAACAAGCUAAGGAGAAAGAGGAGGAUGACAUGGAGUUCACAGUAAGAUCUUACUGUGAGACGCAGUACAACUCCGUGGCUAUGCUGGGAAAUGUCAGUUCAGAAGCGUCGCGUAAGAAAAGGGUGGAAGAGGUUCAGAACCGCCAUCGACUGAUUCCAGUGGGUCGCAAAAUUUAUGAGUUUUACAACGCCCCUAUCGUCAAGUUCUGGUUUCACACGUUGGCCUAUGUAGGAUACUUGAUGCUCUUCAACUAUAUUGUUCUGGUGAAGAUGGACCUGUGGCCCUCUCCUCAGGAGUGGAUUGUUAUUGCCUACAUUUUCACCAAUGGCAUCGAGAAGAUGAGAGAGAUCCUCAUGUCAGAGCCAGGGAAGCUCCUGCAGAAGGUGAAAGUGUGGUUACAGGAGUACUGGAACAUCACUGACCUCAUGGCUAUCCUCAUCUUCUCCAUCGGGAUGGUGCUUCGCCUGCAAGACCCGCCCCUGAUGAGCUACGGGAGGGUCAUUUACUGUGUCAAUAUCAUCUAUUGGUACAUACGACUGCUUGACAUCUUUGGAGUGAACAAAUACCUGGGUCCAUAUGUCAUGAUGAUCGGCAAGAUGAUGAUUGACAUGAUGUAUUUUGUGAUCAUCAUGUUGGUGGUUCUGAUGAGUUUCGGAGUGGCGCGGCAGGCUAUCCUCAAUCCCAAUGAGGACCCGUCCUGGAUGCUGGCACGCAACAUCUUCUUCAUGCCGUAUUGGAUGAUCUACGGAGAAGUGUUUGCUGACCAAAUCGACCCUCCAUGUGGUCAGAACAUCACCACAGAGGAAGGAGUCAUUGUGCCUCUCCCACCUUGCAAAACAGGAGCUUGGAUUGUCCCCGCCAUCAUGGCCUGCUACUUGCUGGUGGCCAACAUCCUUCUGGUUAAUUUGCUAAUUGCUGUCUUUAAUAACACAUUCUUUGAAGUGAAGUCCAUCUCCAACCAGGUGUGGAAGUUCCAGAGGUACCAGCUGAUCAUGACCUUCCAUGAACGGCCUGUCCUUCCUCCUCCUCUCAUCAUUUUCAGUCACAUAACUAUGGUCCUCAAACACCUCUGCUGUCGUUGGAGGAAACAUGAUGAGGAUGAGCGGGACUAUGGGCUGAAGCUCUUCAUUACUGAAGAUGAACUGAAGAAGGUACAUGACUUUGAAGAGCAGUGCAUGGAGGAGUAUUUCAGAGAGAAAGAUGACCGCUUCAAUUCCUCCAAUGAUGAAAGGAUACGCGUGACAUCUGAAAGGGUGGAGAACAUGGCAAUGCGUCUUGAGGAAGUGAAUGAGAGGGAACAUUUCAUGAAAGCAUCCCUGCAGACUGUGGAUAUCCGGCUCGCCCAGAUGGAGGAGAUGAUCGGCCGCAUCACUGUGGCACUGGAGCGGGUUGCUGGUAUGGAUCGAGGCGAAGUCAACAAAGCCCGGUCCAGGACAUCAUCUGACUGCACAGAUACAAAUUAUAUCCUGCGCCAGAGCAGUUUCAACAGCCAAGAAGGCAAUUCCUACAGGCUACAGGAGUCUCUGGAGCAGGGAGGCGAAGAGUCUAUUUCCCCUACAUCUCCAACCACUCUGGCCCCACGUGUCCGCAGUCACUCCUUCUAUGUAAGCCACUCCUCCAAGGAUAGGAGCGGUGCAGAUCGAGGAGAAGGCUUCUUUAAAGACAGAUUGUUCAGCCUCCAUCGGGCCAACAGCUCACAGUCUGUGUCCUCAGGAGCAGGUCCCAAAGAGUCCAAGCCCACACCUUUGAAUACUUUAUCUGUGGACCAGCAGCUACGCCCUUCUUCCUGUAUAGACAUCUAUGUUUCUGCCUCAGAGGACGUCCCGCCCACUGAGAGCUUCUUGGAGCCGGUCCGGGCAGUUCCAUCUCUUGCUCGAGACUCAUCUCUCCAUUCUGAGAUCAUGGAUGUGGUGCUCUCAGGGGGGCGGGACUGCAGUGGCAGGGCAGGGGGCAGUGACAGACAGUCGGAUGGUACGGUCCUGUUUGAGGACAGUGCUGCCGCUGACCUAUCACUCUGCUCUGCCCACCUGCUGCCAGAUACCUUGCCCUCCUGGGACCUGGACCCCUCGCCGCCGCCAUCAGCUGGUGCUCUCGAGCGGUCCAAGAGCAGCCGCUUCCUAUCCACAGCAGGGCCUCUGUUUCUGGACGAGCCACCAUUGGUUAAGUCACACAGCCUGAUGUUCAAUUCACGUGGUUACUAUGGCGGCAUGGGCGUGCAGGUAAAGGCAGCCGAAUAUACCAGCAUAACUGAUUGCAUUGACAUCCGUUGCGUCUCUACCCCUUACCCUGUCCCAGAGAGGUCUGACUCACCUGGAGGCUCUUUCACAUUCGAUAAACCCCAGGACCUGGGCGUCUCACACCCUGAAAGAGAUGCUGAGCUCAGUCACGCAGAAUCGGAUCCAGAGGAACCUGCAGAGGGGUCAGCGCACACAGGUAAGGGGGGUCAAAGCAGCAGUGGGGGAUUAGGCACAGACCUGGGCCUCGGCCUCCCACUGGGUCCGUUUUGCUCGCCAAUUUCUAGACUAGAGCGUGCAAACAGCUGCUCCUCUUCGGAGGAGUCGCACUCCAACAUCUACUCCCAAAAGAGCUUCUCCAUUAGUGAGAAAAUGGACAAGGGUCGUGGAAGCUCCAGGAAUCCUUUCCAGAAGGCCAGAGCCGGGGCAAGGCUGGAGGGUAAGACAGACUCACUGUCCACGAGGAAACUGGCCAAACCCUCAGCGUUCCAAAGUUUUGAUAACAGACACAAUUACACGUGAUGAUGGCAGACAAGUAGUGAUGCCAUUGUAGAACUAGGUUCUGUAGGAUGGCUCUACCUCGUUUAAAAUUUAAGGGCCAGUCCAUUGAUUAGUACUGUCUGAGUGAGUAAUUAGCUGUACACUGGAAUGUUUUAUCAUGGGUAUCAACUUCCUGUUAAUUUCCUGUUAUAACACUGAAUGCCAAGUCAGAUUUUCUUUAGUAUUCAUAGAUUCAGAAGAUGACCACUGUCAUUAGGCCAACAUUAGUACCCAGUUGAGGAGAAAACUUUGCAAUUUAAGGGCCUGUUAACACUAUGAUGAAUGUUCGGUAUAAUAAAAAUAAUCAUUUGAAUGAAUGGCUGUUAAUGUUAAAAACCAAUAAGCUUUUUGGUCACAUGCCUACAGCCGCUGCUGUUAGAUUAACUACAUCUUAAGGGUUGGUCACUCAUCCAAAGUAACUUUGCAUUUCGCUGCAUUCCAAAGUUCAAGUUUGGUGAACUCUGAAACCAUGAAAGUGUGUGACCAAUAGAAGAUUGAUAUGUGACAGCAUGGCCUCUUAGCUGUAUUAAAACUGCAGUGCUACAGGAAAGUGGAGUAGAUUGUAUGUUUUACAUUGUAGAUUUAUUAUUAAUUGUUGUGUGUUGAAUUUAAAGGACACUGCAGAAUGUGCCCUCAUAUCAUGACAUUUAACAUUUACAUUUAAUCAUUUAGCAGACGCUUUUAUCCAAAGCGACUUACAAAUGAGAACAAUAGAAGCAGUCAGGUCAACAAGAGAACAACAACAGAAUACAAGUGCCAUGACAAGUCUCAGUUAGUCUAGUAUAGAACGCAUAGCCAGGUGUAUAUACAUUUUUUUUUUUUUUUAAUUAAAUGAAAAAGACAAGAAAAGGAAAAGUACUGGUGUUAGUAGGUUAAGUGCAGGCGAAAAAGAUGAGUCUUUAGAUGUUUCUUGAAAAUGAGUAAAGACUCGAAUUGAGAUUGGGAGGUCAUUCCACCAGCUGGGCACAGUCCAGGAAAAGGUCCGUGAGAGUGAUUUUGAAUUUCUUUGGGAUGGCACCACAAGGCGUUGUUCACUUGCAGAGCGCAAGCUUCUGGAGGGCACAUAGGAUUUAACCAGUGAGUUUAGGUAAGUUGGUGCCAUGCCAGUGGUUGUCUUGUAGGCAAGCAUCAGUACCUUGAAUUUGAUGCGAGCAGCUACUGGUAGCCAGUGUAACCUGAUGAGGAGGGGAGUAACAUGAGCUUUUUUUGGCUCAUUGAAGACAACCCUCGCUGCUGCAUUCUGGAUCAUUUGCAGAGGCUUGACAGUACAUGCAGGAAGGCCCGCCAGGAGAGCAUUACAAUAGUCCAGUCUGGAGAGAACAAGAGCUUGGACAAGAAGUUGGGUUGCUUGCUCUGACAGGAAAGGUCUAAUCUUCCUAAUGUUGUAUAAGGCAAACCUGCAGGACCGGGUUGUUGUAGCAAUGUGGUCAGUGAAGCUUAACUGAUGAUCCAUCACAACUCCUAGGUUUCUGGCUGUCCUCGAAGGAGUUAUGGUUGACGAGCCCAGCUGUAUAGAGAAAUUGUGAUGAAUCAAUGGGUUAGCUGGAAUCACCAGUAGUUCAGUCUUUGUAAGGUUAAGCUGAAGGUGAUGGUCAUUCAUCCAGCUAGAAAUGUCACUCAGACAGGCUGAAAUGCGAGCAGCUACCGUCGGGUCAUCAGGCUGGAAUGAGAAGUAGAGUUGGGUGUCAUCAGCAUAGCAGUGAUAAGAAAAGCCAUGCUUCUGAAUGACAGAUCCUAAAGAUGUCAUGUAGAUGGAGAAGAGAAGUGGUCCAAGUACUGAGCCCUGAGGAACCCCAGUAGCAAGGUGGUGUGACUUUGAAACAUCACCCCUCCAAGACACACUGAAGGAUCUGUCAGAGAGGUAGGACUUAACCCACAGGAGAGCAGGUCCAGAGAUCCCCAUCUUUCUGAGGGUGGACAGGAGAAUCUGGUGAUUAACAGUGUCAAAAGCAGCAGACAGGUCCAGAAAGAUGAGUACCGACUGUUGCAGUGUAUGAAGAAAGUGUGACCUCUGCUUUAGUGGCGCACACCUACAGACCAUUUUGCAGAUCCUUCCUCUACUAUUUACAAAAAAUAUAUAUAUUAAAUAUCAGAUCAAGGAUCUGGAACCGGCUCUAAUGGCUCUGUACUCUUCUAUUUUGUGUUGUUUGAUAAACACCAUUUAUUUCUCUUUGACAGAUGAGCUCCAGAGAUGAAAAGUAUUACCGUAUUUUCCGGACUAUAAGUCACACUUUUUUUCAUAGUUUGGCUGGUCCUGCAACUUAUAGUCAGGUGCGACUUAUUUAUCAAAAUUAAUUUGACAUGAACCGAGAGAAAUGAACCAAAAGAAAACAAUACCGUCUACAACCGCGAGAGGGCGCUCUAUGUUGCUCAGUGCUCCUGUAGUCUACACUGAAAACAUAGAGCGCCCUCUCGCGGCUGUAGAUGGUACUGUUUUCUCUUGGUUCUUGGUUCUAAAUAAAUGCGACUUAUAUAUGUUUUUUUCCUCAUCAUGACGUAUUUUUGGACUGAUGCGACUUAUACUCAGGUGCGACUUAUAGUCCGAAAAAUACGGUAAGUAAAAUAAUUUUGUUAACCAGAGCAUUUCUCAUUAUCUAUAAGCACCACCUACUGUCAGGGAGUGAUUUUGUAUUUUCAAUCAGCCUGCCAGAUUUUUUUUUCUUUCUUUUUUUUUGCAUUGGCCUGAACAAACAAAUUGCAAUUGCAACUAAAUUUGGUGCCGAACAUUUGUGUUGGUGUGAACAGGCCUUCACAAAAUCUUGCAAUGCAAAUUACUGUUUUAGCUUAGGUGAGUCACCCUCGUCACAGCAUGAAUCAUGUUUUCUCUUUAUAGACUGAUUUCUUGAGUGUAUCUCCUACAGGCCAGAUAAAGUGAUGGUUUAAUUCCAAAACGAUUUAGAACUUAAAUGAAAACAGGACUUUGACAGUUAAAACAAUUUAAUGCUAAAGUUUUUUGUUUAUACAAAGAUUUGUUCUGUCAUUCAAAACCCACACACCAGAUUAGACAAACAUAUACAUAUCUUCCCUAACAUGUGGAAUGUGGAAUAUAAUUAGUUUCCUUAUAAAAGGAUUAACCUUCUUAGAACGUUAUCUCUUGGCCCAUGUGGGUGUAUACAUCUGCAUUCAAAAAGCUUCAUAGUCACACAGCAGUCAGUAAUGUUAUAUAAGGUGUCUGAAUGCAGCAAAAGUUUGUGCAGAAUUUCUCAUUAUUAAACAGAUAACAAAUUUUAAAGUGUUAAAUUAUUAUAUUUUGUCUUUUGCAGUCUGCUUUGUUCCAAAUAUAUCACAGCGGGGUGCCCAUUUGAGUGUAUUUAAAUAAAAGCAACUGGUUGAACCCUACACUAACAGCAUGUUUGGUAUGGAAUGCUAGUUUACUGCUUACUGCACUGUAUAUACUGUAUACUGCAUACUAUUUAAUAAUAGAAUGUGGCAGAAGUAAACAGUAUAUGAUGAUAAAUGUUUCAAACAGUAGUAGGCUACAUUGUUGUCACAUAACAUGACUAUAUUGAAAGUUUAAUUUGGAAAUACGUAUUUAUCUAAAUUUUUUAUAAAAAUGUCACACUCCAAAUGAAAGGUCAAGCACACUGAAUAGUCAGCUACAAUAUAAUGCAGUGUGUUCAGAUUGUACCCUGCACAGGUAGCAGGUCAUUUAAGUAUUUCCAUUCAUACAAGAAAGUGCUGCUGUGGCAAAAAUAUAUAGUAGUACGAUAGUAUGCCAUUCCAAACAUACUUUUCAGACUGUUGCAAGGGUUAAAAUGUGUAGAGUACCUUUUAAAGCAUUGGAUUUUAAAGCAAAAAGACUGGUUGUCUUUAUAUGAGUGUAUGUUGUUUUACACAGAACAGGUACUAUAUGUUAACUUGCUAUGCAAGACACCACAGAGAGUUGGUUGGUCGGUCAGUAAGAAGUGUUAUGCACUUUAAAGCAGGAGUUCAUUAUGCACACCAGUCUCAUCACUAAUCAAUCUGAUAGUGCAGUGUUUCAUUUGGAAAGAUAUUAAAAGCACAUCAGCACAGUUGAGACAGGGACCCAUUCUAUGUUAAAUAUGUCUUUAAUGAACACUAGUACAUAAUAUUAUCUUCUAUUUUAAGCAAGUUAUAUGCCUUGGCAAUUUUCUUCCUCUUUUAUGGUUAAUUAAGAUAAAUAUUUAUGUUUGGUUUGUGGUUUAUAAUGGGGAAAAAAUGUAUUAGGAGGAUAGGAUAAGGAGAUCUGGACAGACUUGUAUUAAACAAAUGCAUAUAAAUCAAACAAUCACUUUUAAUUAAAGUAGAUUAUUUGCUACUCUACAAUACGCUGUUUUAAAUUGUUUUUCAACUUCAAUCAAAUGAAACAGUGCAGGUUUAAAGCAAUACAGAAAUGUGAUUUGUAUCUCUGGCAUAAAUCCUGUGCACUAUUCAAUAUAGUCACUUUUUAGUAAAUGAAUUACUUGAGCCAUUCUGAUUCCACCAUACGUAUCACUCAUAGGAUGUAUUUUAUUUGCCUUACCAAUGUGCAAUACCGCUAAGAGAUUUGAAAACAUUUAUCACAGUCACAGUGUUCUGAGAUGUAGAAAUGUAUACUCGGUGUUAGAGCUUCUAUGUGAACCGAAAGCAAAAUAAUAAAAGACACAAUUCAAUUUUUUGUGCAAAGCAGUAAUUCUAAUCACUGUGGUUUUCAUAUAUUCAAUGAUCUUAAUAUCAGUAUUAGUAUGACAUUCACUAUGUCGAUCGGAUUUGCUUCAUUUUUUUAUGAUUUCAAACUUGAUUUCCACAUUGGGCCACUUCUACAAGGUGAUUAUACUGCAAAGAGCUUUCAAACAGAGGUGAAUACAUGAACGAUACGUGGUCCCUUAAAAAUAUGUCCUUGCUGUAUCUUUUUGAGCAAUGUCAUUUAACAAACCCUAUUGUUGGACUGGUUCCAGCAAAAGAAAGCAAGCAGAGGGAGUUAAUGAAUGCAAGUUUAUCCCACUAUCGCCUGUUUUGCUCUCAUUAAGAGGUUUUGUUUGGGAUAGAAGACCGUACAAAUUUAUGACACUUGUUUUUCCACAUGUAAAUGUUUUGUAUAUGAUCUGUAAAUCUUUAUGUGGGUGUAAAAAAUGAGUUUAAUAUAAUAAUGAUAGGAUUUUAAGAGAGCGUUUCUGUGUCUGAUAGAAGACAUUACUCUAUGACAACCUACCCAGCGUGCCAAAAUGACAUGACUUCUAACUUUAUGUACAGUAUUUUCUUAAUAUUUUCCUAUAUUGUAGCAUAAAAGGUUGUGAAUUGUAUACCACUUUUAGUCAAGUUCCCCCCACUUCUUUUUAAACUUAAUGGUGAGCACUUGUCUGCUAACAAGCACAUGUUUUCUGCAAUAAUGCUGUAGUUUGAACGGAAAGGUCUUAAUUUACUUAGUGUCUUUAAAAUGCAUGUUGUUCUUCCAAAAGAUAAGAGUUGAGAGAUGAGUAAACAGACAGCGGGAUCCGAGGACUCUUGUCCUAUAGUAAAAUGCUAAGUAUUUGGAUGCAAAUACAAAUGUGUAUACUGUAUUCCUCAAUGUGAAUAAGAUGUUUGGCAUGUAAUAACAAAUAAAAGAAUAUAUAUCAUUCAAA